CAAAGGUCUUUGGUUGGCUGAUCAAAGUUCCGCCCUUCACCGCAGUGUCACAGACAGGAACAGCGCCAUGUAUCGCUCUCUGAGAAGCGUCCAGCGAUUCAAUUGCAACCUCCUGGCAUUACAAAGGAGCAUUGCCGUUAAAAAUCGCAGUCCUGCUAUUGGGGCAAUUCUUACUUCGUCUAGAAUGGCAAGCUCAGAGUCUUACAGAAUUGAGCGAGACACCUUUGGGGAGCUUAAAGUGCCAAGUGACAAGUACUAUGGAGCCCAGACGGUCAGAUCUACAAUGAACUUCAAAAUUGGCGGCGUUACUGAACGAAUGCCAAUUCAAGUAAUCAAAGCCUUUGGGAUCCUGAAGAGGGCUGCAGCAGAGGUGAACAAAGAUUACGGCCUGGAUCCAAAGGUUGCUGAUGCCAUUGUCCAGGCUGCAGAUGAGGUCACUGCUGGCAAACUGGACGAUCACUUCCCACUGGUCAUCUGGCAGACUGGUUCAGGCACGCAGACGAAUAUGAACGUGAAUGAAGUCAUCAGCAACAGGGCCAUUGAGCUCAUGGGCGGAAAGCUGGGGAGUAAGGAUCCAGUGCACCCCAAUGACCACGUCAACAAGAGCCAGAGCUCCAACGACACCUUCCCCACAGCGAUGCACAUCGCCGCAGCCAUGGAGGUCCACGGCGUGCUCCUCCCAGGCCUGCAGACUCUGCACGAUGCCCUGGCUGCCAAGGCCGCCGACUUUAACCACAUCAUCAAGAUCGGUCGCACACACACCCAGGACGCGGUGCCCCUCUCCCUCGGACAGGAGUUUGGCGGGUAUGUCCAGCAGGUUAAGUACAGCAUCGAGCGGGUGAAGGUGGCCAUGCCCAGAGUGUAUGAGCUGGCAGCUGGGGGGACUGCAGUGGGCACUGGCCUGAACACUCGCAUCGGGUUCGCUGAGAAAGUAGCGGAGAGGGUUUCCGCUCUUUCAGGCCUGCCGUUUGUGACCGCCGCUAACAAGUUUGAGGCGCUGGCGGCCCACGACGCCCUGGUGGAGCUGAGCGGCGCCCUCAACACGGUGGCCUGCAGCAUGAUGAAGAUCGCCAACGACAUCCGCUUCCUGGGCUCCGGGCCCCGCUGUGGCCUGGGGGAGCUCGUCCUGCCCGAGAACGAGCCGGGAAGCAGCAUUAUGCCGGGCAAAGUGAACCCAACGCAGUGCGAGGCUAUGACCAUGGUGGCUGCCCAAGUAAUGGGGAAUCACGUGGCAGUUACUAUCGGAGGCAGCAACGGACACUUCGAACUGAACGUUUUCAAGCCUAUGAUGAUCAAAAAUGUCCUCAACUCAGCCAGACUGCUGGGUGACGCGUCGGUGUCCUUCACGAACAACUGCGUGGUGGGCAUCCAGGCCAACACGGACCGGAUCAACAAGCUGCUGCAUGAGUCCCUCAUGCUGGUCACUGCUCUCAACCCGCACAUAGGUUACGACAAAGCCGCUACGAUUGCUAAGACUGCCCACAAAGAGGGCUCGACGCUGAAGGCGACCGCCAUCAAGCUGGGGUAUCUCACAGAGGAACAGUUCGACCAGUGGGUCAAGCCUCACGAAAUGCUGGGCCCCAAGUAGGUGUGUCAACAGCAGGGAGCAGUCCAGGCAUGACAUCCACCACCUACAUCUUUUACAAUAAAAUGGAACUUUGAAAAUGAAAGGGGUUUUUUGUUGUUGUAUUGAAUCACAACCCCCCAGCCUUGGCCAUUGUGGUAAAGGUGGCAGUGUUAAAAUAGAUGGUGCCUGCAGUUAAAAUGCACCUCCCUUCUUUGACCACCUGCAGCGAAAUGAGCUGGUCUGCAUACACCAGUUGCCCCUUAUUAUUCCAGAACAGGACUCUUCUGAUACAAACCCAUCAGUUUAGCAAUCAUGCAGACUGCUACUUUCAUCCAGUUUUGUCGCUAAUAAUCGCCUCUCGGAACACCAGUAAUGUGUAAAAAUGUUUUUUCUGCCUGUACAGAAAUACCAUGUUCUUAAAUAUAUAUAAUUGUUUCCUUCUU